AUGACAAUCACCUCACGAAAUCCAUUAUUCUGUUAGCAGCUCGAUCCAUGUCACAAUGGGCGCCAAAUCUCCUGAAGCAGAUGGCCAUGGAGGCCAAGGCAACGCAAACAGCCCCAUCGAGACGUCAACUGGCGGGAUGCCGAAAGGCGUGCACCUGGCCACAGACGGGGACGGCACUAUCGGAGACAGCGACGAAGGCGACGAUGACGAAGCCGACCCGACCGCGUUAACAGCCGCAACCACGAACGGCACUGCUCAGAAGAAGAAGAGAAAGCCGAAGAAGAAAAACAAGAAGAAAUCUACCAAAAAGCAGUCUUCACCACCUAGAGUCCCCCUCUCUCAGCUUUUCCCGCAAGGAGGUUUUCCUGCCGGCGAGCUCCAGAGUUACGCCGCAAAGGUCGACAACACUUCGCGGACUACUGCCGACGAGAUUCGGUAUAUGAACCGUCGCCAUCUCGAGGACGACGCGUUUCUAGAUCAAUAUCGGAAGGCUGCUGAGAUUCAUCGCCAGGUCCGGAAACACACGCAGGAAUUUGCCAAGCCAGGGCGAACCCUCACCGAGAUCGCCGUCGACAUCGAUGACGGAGUGCGAGCGCUGUUGGAUAAUGCUGGUCUGGCCCCUGGUGAUGGCCUCAAGUCGGGAUUGGGGUUCCCAACGGGGUUGUCGUUGAACAACUGCGUGGCGCACUUUACGCCGAACCCUGGCCAGAAGGAAAUUGUCUUGCAGCAAAAGGACGUGAUGAAGGUCGAUUUUGGCGUUCACAUAAACGGGUGGAUUGUGGACAGCGCAUUUACAAUGUCCUUUGACCCGGUCUAUGACAACCUUCUCGCUGCUGUCAAGGACGCCACCAACACUGGUAUUAAGAAUGCAGGGAUUGAUGUUCGUAUCAGCGAUGUGAGCGCCGCCAUUCAAGAGGCCAUGGAAAGCUACGUGGUUGAAAUGAACGGAAAGACAUUCCCUGUUAAAGCUGUGAGGAGCCUCAGUGGACACGAUAUCAAACAGUACCGCAUCCAUGGCGGGAAGUCGAUCCCUUUCACCAAGAAUUCGGAUCAGACAAAGAUGGAGGAGGGUGAAAUCUUCGCCAUCGAAACCUUUGGAAGCACUGGCCGCGGCUACACAUAUGAUGAUGUUGGCGUCUACGGUUAUGGAAAGUCCUACGAUGCUCCGUCACAUGUGUCCUUGCCUUUGGCCUCCGCAAGGUCUCUCUGGAAGACGAUCAAUGAGAACUUUGGGACAAUUGUUUUCUCCCGCCGCUAUCUAGAGCGUCUUGGGACAGAGCGGUAUCUGGCUGGCAUGAACAGCCUUGUCAACCACGGUAUUGUUGACGUCUAUCCACCCCUGAUGGACAUCAAGGGGUCAUACUCGGCGCAGUUCGAACAUACCGUCCUCCUGCGCGAGUCAAACAAAGAGAUUAUCAGUCGAGGUACCGACUAUUAAUCUCGAAAUUCACUACCAGGAAUCAACGCCCUCAACCCAUUGUUCCAUGGAGUAGUUCCACACGGGUUCCUUCAAUUUGCCUCGGUCUUGCCAACUAUAGCCACUCUUUAGAAUUGUAUAUGCACUGAAUUGUAAUCCAAAUUGCAAUAUAAGUCAUGAGCUUUUGUGAUUAGAAUAUCAAUGAACUGCCUCAGGCGCCAACCAGUUGAUCCUCCGCAGGCUCUGCGGGGCAAACCAGCUCUGCCGGAGGCCGAGGCAUCGUGGCUUGGGCCCGCUGGCUCCAGCUCCCCAUUCCUUUCGUAGCAU